AUGUCCUUAAAUGAUCAUGUUCCUCUGCAUGAUUAUCUUUCUUCAGGCGGUCGGGCGGCGGUUGUCGGCACGGCGGUCGCUCUGAGCCUCUUGCUGGGCGCGCGCGUCCCUGCUGCCGUCGCUCGUCGUGGGUUCGCGACUCGGGGGGUGGCGGACCCCGGCGCUCUGGGCCGCGAGCCGGAUCCUGAUUCCGACUGGGAGCCGGAGGAGCGGGAGCUGCAGGAGGUGGAGAGCACCUUGAAACGACAGAAAAAGGCCGCCCGGUUCCAGAAAAUUCGGAGGCGGAUGGAGGCGCCUGGGGCCCCGCCCAGGACCCUGACGUGGGAAGCGAUGGAGCAGAUCCGGUAUUUACAUAAAGAAUUUGCAGAGUCCUGGUCAGUUCCUAGGCUAGCUGAAGGCUUUGGUGUCGGCCCUGAUGUGAUCCGAAGGGUUUUAAAAAGCAAGUUUGUACCCACACUGGAGCAGAAACUGAAGCAGGAUCAGCAAGUCCUUAAGAAAGCCGGGUUUUCCCAUUCCCUGCAGCAGCUCCCCGGGCCUGAGGAUACCUUGAAGUCGCUAUCUGCAAGCCACUCUAGAUCAGGCUCUUUGUUGAUGCCAAGGGGUGAAUCUUCAUUCAAAGGCUGGGGUCACCGCAGACCUUUGACAGUGAUAGAAUCAAACACUCACAGUAAAAAUACACCAAGGAGGCAGAAGGGAGGGAAUAAAGGAAUCCAGACCCUGGAGGAGGAGCGCUCCGUGGCUGUUCCUGCAGCCCUAAGUCAUCAGCGAGAGCUGCAGAAGUGCUCCACCAGUGAUGGUGUGGGCAAAAGACGGACUGAUGGUUAUGGAUUGCCAAGUGACAAGCUGCAAGAUUUGAAGACUCAGGAGCUGGAUAACCAGAACUUCAGCAGCAAAGUAGUCCAAAGGGGGCGAGAGUUCUUCGAUAGCAAUGGGAACUUCUUGUACAGAAUUUGAGCUGGAGCUUGGCUUGUGGAGAUGCCAAGUGAAAUACCGUUGGGAGAAUAUAUUUGGAGCUGCCUGGACUUCUGUGUGUGGAAUAUCCACUUUGGGAUAGGAGGAAAUGAGCCUGGAAUGUGGGAGAAAA